UCACGUAUGAUUAAAAGCGCGUGAUUCGUGCUCAGAGAGUGAUGAUAUUUGUUGACAAAACAAGCAACGUGAUAUCUUAAUUUUAUUUAAACAACAAGGAAUAUUUAACUUGAUCGAGUAACAUGCGGAUUUCUUCGCACGCGGUGUCGACGUGUCGUUAGCCUCUAAUGUUUCUUUAUUUUAAUCGUAACCUCACUUGCCGGUCAGAAAAACUUCAAAAACAGAAAGUUAUGAUUACAUUGCCAAUCCGAGAAAGUUGAACUUAGCUCUAUUAUAUAAUAAGAAAAAUGACCACGAGAUGGGAAAUAUAUUUAUUGACAAUAUCAACAUUAUUGUUCGCACUGUGUGUACAAAGCUUUCAAAGUCUGGAAGUGAUAUAUGCAAUAAAUGCUGGUGGAGAAGCGCACACUGACAGUUAUGGAAUUCGCUACGCUAAAGACCCAUUACUGAGUAAAGUUGGAACUGCAUCAGAUUAUGGAAAGCAGUUGAUUAUCGGACGAGUAAAUGCCAUCGAUCAAAUACUAUACCAAACAGAGCGGUAUCAUCAUAGUACCUUUGGAUACGAUAUUCCUAUCAGUGAAGAUGGAGAUUAUGUUAUGAUAUUAAAGUUCUGUGAAGUUUAUUUUAAUUCUCCCAAUAUGAAGGUGUUUGAUGUGGUAUUAAAUGGAGACCAUACUAUCGUUACUGACUUAGAUAUCUUUGAAAGAGUUGGCCGUGGUAUAGCACACGAUGAAUAUAUUCCAUUUAAAAUUCAAGGAGGGAAAUUAAUAUACAACGACGAAGAGUCUGAAAUCUUAGCUGGACAAAUCCGAGUUGAAUUUAUAAAAGGUUACAGAGAUAAUCCAAAGAUAAAUGCUAUUGCUGUUGUAAAAGGAAAUAUAGAAGAUAUACCGCAGUUAGGUCCGAUUCCUCAGGAACCAGAGGAAUAUCAGAAUAUACAGGAAGACGAAGAAGAAUCUACAGUUCGCAAUCGGCACACGAGUGGUCCGAGAACUCCCGAUCCCUAUUCCAUCGACGACUCUUCUGUAAUGUUACCGGUUUUUGUAGCUAUUGGGGCAUUUAUUCCGUUACUAUUUUGCCUCUGUAAACUAUAGGUGGUGAAAUUUUCUGCACAGGAAUGCCUUGUACUUAAGAAUAAUAGUGUUCUAAUCAGCUUAGGUAAAAUUAGUGCGUGAGGAGAUACCUGCAUCGAUCGUGUAUAUAGAAACAACAUUUUCUUUGUUUUAAGCUACGUUGUCACAAGUUAUCAAAGCUAUUUAUUAUUAAUUUAAUCGAAUAGACAUAUCUGUGUAUGUUUUUGUAUGAGAAAUACUUGAGAUGAGGAAUAAGAUUCGAGAUAUAGAAAAGGUGAUGAUUUGUGCAAUCACGAUUUUUGUUGCCAUUUUAUGUGUUCACUCGUGAAUUAUUUAAUAUUUAGCAUUUCGUUGGCAAGUAGCACAAAGGUUUGCACACGUGCCAUUCGCCUUUUCUUUUGCGUCUCAUCCGAAACUAAGUAUUUUCAAUACGCUACCGAAUCGUUUACUAAUUUUAAGAAAAGUAUGGAAUUCGUGUAUUUAUGGAGAAUUGUACCGAGUUUUAAAUGGUAAAUAUUUCUUUUUUGAGAUAUAAUGUUGUACUAAAAUGAACGAUAUAAAAAAAAUCACGCGACAGUUAAAAACCGGAGUAUUUUCUUUUGUUAUGCGCACACGUAAUGUUUUGAUUGAACUUUGUUCCAUCGCCUAUGCUUAAACGUUUUUGGUAUAUUUUCGAUCACUCUUGUGUGAAAAAUGUUGUACCCUUUACACUCAAUACAUCGUAUUCAGUUAGAAGUGGAAGAGAAUCGAAUAGUCCGUCAAAUACCAAAGUGAUUUUGAUCAUUUGCAAAUCAGAACAAAUAAAGCUGUUACUAUUGUCUUA